GUUUCUCCCAUUUAUUUCGCCCUUCCCUUCCCUCCACUGUCACCACCACCUCCUCCCCGUGGGGAACCGCCCUUCUCGAUCUCCUCCCCAACCAACCGGCGGCGGAGGCGAGCGGCGACGGAGGCGAGCGGCGACAUCGAGCUCCCGAGGCAGCAUCUUGAUUGGAUUUCGCCUCUCCGGUUCUUGAUUGGUCAGUCGCCCGUGGUGAUGGGAGGAGGCGUGUGGCUGUCUCCUUAAGGAAUUCUUAAGGGAAUUCUGUGAUGGCUUCGGAGGCCGCUCCUGAAAUAAUUGCCGAAAAGAAAUGCGAUAAAACCGUGGUGGAAUCCGCCGCGCCAUUGACUCCUCAGAGGCAGUCCAAGGGACCGACUGUGAAAGCAGGCCCUGCUUCGCCGAGUGAAACUGCAGCAGACGACGUAGCUGCAUCAAGUGGGGUGAAAGAACUCAGUAAGAAUAGCUGCAAUUCUGCUGAUGGUUCUGUGAAGCUGGAUGACAUUGAGUAUGCUGAGAAGAAUUCACUGUGUGGGAGUGUCAAGGAUAGCUCGGUAUCUGCUAAAUGCAGUGACAGAGCAAGCAACCUGUCGAAAGCCAGUGGGAGUGCAAAGGUCAGCGGCCAGGCUGCUGAUUUGAUCGAGAGCGACAAGAGUAGCCUUUAUCGGGCCAGUGGUGGCAGUGAUGUGAGCGAUGAGAGCACCUGUAGCAGCAUAUGCAGCAGUGUCAGCAAACCUCACAAGUCGAAUGAUUCAAGGUGGGAAUCGAUUCAGGCAGUCCGAACUAAAGAAGGAUCGAUAGGGCUUGGUCAUUUCAGGCUGCUCAAGAGGCUUGGCUGUGGUGACAUUGGCAGCGUGUAUUUAUCAGAACUUAGUGGCACAAAAUGCUACUUUGCCAUGAAGAUUAUGGACAAGGCAUCUCUCGCGAGCCGCAAAAAACUGCUGAGAGCACAGACUGAAAGGGAGAUAUUGCAGUGUCUGGACCACCCCUUUCUUCCAACAUUGUACACUCACUUUGAGACGGAUAAAUUCUCAUGCUUGGUGAUGGAGUUCUGCCCUGGAGGUGACCUGCAUACCCUAAGGCAAAAGCAGCCUGGCAAAUAUUUCCCUGAACAAGCUGCCAAGUUUUAUGUAGCAGAGGUGCUUCUUGCUCUGGAAUACUUACACAUGCUUGGUAUCAUAUAUCGUGAUUUAAAGCCAGAGAAUGUUCUUGUGAGAGAAGAUGGCCAUAUCAUGCUGUCAGAUUUUGAUUUAUCCCUCCGAUGUGCUGUGAGCCCUACUCUUCUCAGAUCUUCUAACCCCAGUGCGGAUAACGAAAAGGGCAAUCCAGCUUACUGUGUGCAGCCUGUGUGCAUUGAGCCAGCCUGCAUCCAGCCAUCUUGUGUGAUGACAACCACAUGCUUCUCUCCACGCUUUUUCUCCUCCAAGUCCAAGAAGGAGAAGAAGGCAAAAGCUGACCUGGCAAAUCAGGUCAGACCACUUCCUGAGCUCGUUGCAGAGCCCACAGAUGCAAGGUCAAUGUCUUUUGUUGGCACCCAUGAGUACUUGGCACCUGAGAUUAUAAAGGGUGAGGGGCAUGGAAGUGCUGUGGACUGGUGGACAUUUGGCAUAUUCUUGUAUGAACUUCUUUUUGGCAAGACACCAUUCAAAGGUUCUGGGAAUAGGGCAACAUUGUUCAAUGUCGUUGGACAGCCCCUUAGGUUCCCGGAAUCACCUGUAGUGAGUUUCGCUGCUAGGGAUCUGAUUAGGGGCUUGCUCAUCAAGGAACCGCAGCAUCGAUUAGCCUAUAAGCGUGGAGCCACAGAAAUAAAACAGCACCCAUUAUUCGAAGGUGUUAACUGGGCAUUGAUAAGGUGCGCUACGCCACCAGAUAUCCCCAAGCCAGUCGAGAUCCCUCGUGCAGUAGCCUCAUCAAGCCAGAAGGCUAUGCCAGCAGCUGAGAAAGGUUCAGACUAUCUUGAAUUGGAGUUCUUUUAGUGGAGUCAUCUAUGUAUCCCAUGUGCAAGCUGUAAGGUUCUUUCUUUUUCCCUUAGACUUUUUUUUUUCUGGAUUCUAAUAACUUUAUAUGUAGAUUCAUAUGCUCCUGUUGUCGUUUUUCUUUAAGUUCCUCAGUUCAUUUCAUUAGAUGGGAGCCUCAGUCUGGUGGAGUUUGUAAUCCUUCAUUGGUUACCUUGCACUAGGUUUCCCCAAUAACAUGGAAACAUUUUUGUUCAA